UCCGACAGACAGUCCGUCAGUUGCGCUGUUGCGGAGCGGAUUUGCAGACAGGACCAGGACAGGACCAGGACAGGACCAGGACCAGGACCAGGACCAGGACAGGAGCGGCGCCGCGGAGGAAGAAGAAGAAGAAGAAGAAGAAGAAAACCAAGAGGGAGAAAGAGAGAAAGAGGAGAAUGUGACAACUGCUGCUGGAUGCGGACAGAGACGCGCGUGUGGCUGGAGAACACCGCCUUUGGGGAGGCCUGCUCGGCUCUUUGCACCUGUCCCUCUCCGUCUCCCUCUCCGGCUCCGUGUCCGUGUCCAGGCGCAGUGUUUGGGGCGAGAGAGCGACGCUGUGCUCGUCAGGCGGAGGCGCACAGCGGCGGAGGCGCGCGCGCGCACACACACACACACACACACACUCCAACACACACACACACACACAAACACACAGGGCAGGCGGGCAGGCAACAUGACUUCAUCCUACAGUCUGGAUUUUCUGCCCGAUAUGAUGGUGGAGAGCCGCCUGCUUGUUCCCGGAGACAGAAUCAACGGCACGGCCGGGAAGAUGAACGGGGCGCUGGAGCACUCGGACCAGCCGGACCCGGACGCCAUCAAGAUGUUCGUGGGCCAGAUCCCGCGCUCCUGGUCGGAGAAGGAGCUGAAGGAGCUGUUCGAGCCGUACGGCGCCGUCUACCAGAUCAACAUCCUCCGAGACCGCAGCCAGAACCCUCCACAGAGCAAAGGCUGCUGUUUUGUCACGUUUUACACAAGGAAAGCCGCCCUUGAAGCCCAGAAUGCACUGCACAACAUAAAGACCUUAACAGGGAUGCAUCACCCGAUUCAGAUGAAACCUGCAGACAGUGAGAAGUCUAACGCGGUGGAAGACAGGAAGCUGUUCAUCGGCAUGGUGUCGAAGAAGUGCAACGAGAACGACAUCCGGGUCAUGUUCUCCGCGUUCGGACAGAUCGAGGAGUGCCGGAUCCUGCGGGGGCCCGACGGACUCAGCAGAGGAUGUGCGUUUGUCACGUUUUCCACCAGAGCUAUGGCACAGAAUGCAAUCAAAGCCAUGCACCAGUCUCAGACUAUGGAGCAGGGCUGCUCGUCUCCCAUCGUGGUGAAGUUCGCCGACACGCAGAAGGACAAGGAGCAGCGGCGUCUGCAGCAGCAGCUGGCGCAGCAGAUGCAGCAGCUCAACAGUGCGACCACCUGGGGGAGCCUGACCGGCCUGGGCGGCCUCACCCCGCAGUAUCUGGCUGUAAGGAGAGCCGCCGCGUCGCCCACCACCAUCACCUCCUCCUCCAUCAUCCCUUACUGCAGCCCCAUGGCCAACGCCGCCGCACUGCUGCAGCAGGCGACCUCCUCCAACAACCUGGGCGCCUUCAGCGGGAUCCAGCAGAUGGCCGGUAUGAGCGCUCUGCAGUUGCAGAACCUGGCCACUUUAGCGGCGGCAGCGGCGGCGGCCCAAAACUCGGCCAGCCCCUCCACCGCAAACCCCCUGUCCUCCACCGCCGCCUCCCUGGGAGCGUUGACCAGCCCAGCAGCGGGCUCCACAGCCAGUUCCAACGCCGGCGCCAUGAACUCUCUGACCUCUCUGGGCACCCUGCAGGGCCUGGCAGGCGCCACCGUGGGCCUGAACAACAUUAAUGCACUAGCAGGUAGCGUCAACAGUAUGGCGGCUCUGAACGGGGGCCUGGGCGGCGCGGGGCUGACCAACGGCACGGCGGGCACCAUGGACGCGCUGACGCAGGCCUACUCAGGGAUCCAGCAGUACGCCGCCGCAGCGCUGCCCACCCUCUACAGCCAGUCGCUGCUGCAGCAGCAAGGGGCCGCCGGCAGCCAGAAAGAGGUUGGACCAAUGUAUCUUAAUGCCCAUUUUUCAGGUCCCGAAGGUGCCAACCUGUUCAUCUACCACCUGCCCCAGGAGUUCGGAGACCAGGACAUACUGCAGAUGUUCAUGCCUUUCGGAAACGUGGUCUCUGCCAAAGUCUUCAUCGACAAACAGACAAACCUUAGCAAGUGCUUCGGCUUCGUCAGCUACGACAAUCCCGUGUCGGCGCAGGCGGCCAUCCAGGCCAUGAACGGCUUCCAGAUCGGCAUGAAGCGGCUGAAGGUGCAGCUGAAGCGCUCCAAGAACGACAGCAAACCGUACUGAUCUUAGCACUAGGGUCUGUCUGCUCCCCAUGUUAGCACUGCUAGGAACAACCCAUCUCCAUGCCUGUUAGCUCAUCGUUUGCCUAGCAUGUCUCCGUGGCGUCCCGUCCCCAAAAAAACAAAAAACUUUAAACGAGAAACACAAAACGACAAAAAACUCCCCCCGCCCAAAAACAAAAGUGUCAUCGUCCUCCUCUUCCUCCUCCUCCUUCGUCCCCGUCCUUGUUUUUUCUCAAGUGUUUUUCCGAGCUCACCUGAUCAUAACCUGGUCCUCCGCCUCCUCCUCGUCCUCCUCGUCCUCCUCGUCCUCCGCCGCCGCCUACUGACCUUUUUGAACUUUUUGCUUUUUGGGGGAUUUUUAUGAUUAUUUUUCUGUUUUUGUGCAUGUGACCUCAUUUGGAUCUGUUUUCAGGGAGGGGGGGGGGGCGAUGAGGGGGCGGGGGAAGACAAAUGAAUCAAUGUGAAAUAGAUAUAAAGCUGCAUUCAUAUGAAAAAACACAAAAAAGACUUGAGAUUUUUAUGGAAAAACAAAUGUUUCUUUUUUUGGAGAGAAACAAACAAACAACAACAACCUGUGGCAAAGCGACUUCCAUUCUGUAGGUUUUUUUCUUGCAUUUUUGUUCUGUUUUUCUUUCUUUCUUCUUCUUUAUGUCAGUUUUUCUUUUUUUCUUCUUCAUUUAAAAGUAAACUUGAAAGUUCACUACAGGAAUUGGCGCGUCGCGUUGCUUCUGGUUCCCCCGACGACGGCGACAACACAAGAGCGCGGCGGGCCAGAAGCCGCCCGCGCCAGUUUCUCCAGAGAAAAUAAGACUACUUCCAAACAGUUUUGAAACAAGAACUGUCUGAUCAAUAUUAGACUCUCUCUCUCUCUCUCGGAGCUCUCUAAUGGUUUUUACAUUUUUCAGGCAGUGUAAAGUUUUUUGAUAAGGCCAUUUUGAUAAGUGGCUCCUGUUUCUCAUUCAAAGUCUAUAUAUAAUAGAACCACUUUUUUCUAGAGUAGUUUAAAGGUAUAAAACAAAAAAAAAGACAUUUGCCCUGUUUGGGGGGAGAAAUGCUACCUACUUGUGUCACCUUUUGCUGAACUGACUCACAGAUAGACAAUCCGUGGUUUAAAUGCACAUGAUGAAAUGACCUAUAUUUUCUACUGUUUAAAUGUAUAGAGGAUUCAAAAAAAGAAGAAAAAAGAUACUAAGAUACCUGUAAACUCCGCGUUAACGUCGGUGCUUCUCGUGAGUUUAGUUGUGGUUUCAUCACAAAGUCCAACGGUCUUAAAUGUCUCAUGUUUUUUCAAGAGAAGACUUCAAAAAAAAAAAUCAGUUUACUUGAACAAUAGACAAAAAGCCUUUCAUAUUACUAUAACUUUUAUUUCCUUUUUAAUUUUCCUCUUCUGUUUUUUUUAAAGGAGUCCCUAUUUGCAAAAUUUUCUUGUCGGUUAAUUAGCUAUAUGAAAAUUCCUAAAAAUAUAUAUAAAUAUAAAUAUAUCUAUAUAUAUAUAUAUAUAUAAAAUGUCAGCUUGUGAAGCAUCAAUGUCAUUAUUAUUUUAUUUCUCUCUCGUGGGAAAACAAUACUUAGGUGUGUUUCGUUGUUCGGCAAAAAUGUCUUAUAAAGGAAAAAAAGAGGAGAUCAGUGGAGUUCAGUGCCAAAUCCUGAAGGUACUUCCUGCCUAGCGUGCGUCAGUGUACUUCUUGUGAAAUGAUUUGAUAACAUGGGUAUUUUAUUAUAAGUGUUUUGUAUGGAUCCCUCAUAUUUAAAAGUAUAGAUUUAAAAAAAAAAAAGAGUUUGUUAUCUUGCUAUUCUGUGGUCUUGUUGCCUGAAAGUGUCAUGUUUGCUUUUUCUUUUCUUUGUAAAGAUGUUUGGAAAAAAAAACACAAAAAAAAAGUGCCCAUGUGUCAUAUAUAUAUAACUAUAUACACGCACACACGGACACACACACACACACACACUCUCUCUCUCUCGUGCAGACCUCACACAGUUUACUUUGUUGUUGUGCAUGAGAGCCCCUGAGCGUGAAAGAGCCUCUACAGCAAACGUCUAGCGCCCGCCAGCGUGCACGCACUCACACACACACACACACACACACACACACACACACACACGAGAAAAAUCGCGCACUGAUAUUUUUAGCCAUUGUACAGCCGUUUUAUUCAUCAAAGCCUUACCACAAAUCUUUGCACUCCUCUCUCUUAGUAUCUCGCACACACACACACACACACACACACACACACGCAGACGGCGCGCUCCGGCACAUAUAUAUUCUUUUUGAUUGUUUUCCUCUCGCACGCGCUACCCGUUUCUCCUCGGACGAAAGAGGAGCUGAGGCGGGAGUCGUCAUGACGCGAAGCCUUAUUUCUCUCCGAAUCCUCUCAUCUGUGGCUUCAAAAACACUCCUGAGUUUGUAGCCUGAGUUUGGAUCAUUACUUUUUGUGUAUCACCUCAGAUGAGCGCAACUCGCUUUCAUGAUGUAAGCACAGGGCAAGACCCGCUCGUUUCACAAGACACGCCUCGACCUUUUCUCUUUUUUCCGAGGAGAAAAGCACACGCCUGCCCGCCGCGGGGCGGUCGAACCGCGAGAGAGGCGGGACGGUCCGACGGCAAAGUUCUGAACUCGUUUGAAUUCGUCGCCGAACUUGUACCCUUCGACGUCCGUUGUUUUCUACGUGGUUGUAAGACUUCUCCGUGUGUGUGGGUCUCGUGGCGUAACGGGCCAAAAUCACGUUUAGAUGCCAAAGUGUGUUAAUGACGUUCUCAUAGUCGAGCCGUGUACAUGGCGCCGCGUUGUCGAGUCUAUUCCACUGCCCCCCUCUCCCUCCUCCCUGAAAGCCUAGUUCACGGUCUGCAAAAAAAAACAAAACGAAAGAAACAAAAAAACCAGGCAGCAUUAUUUUCUACAGAAUCUCACCAGUCGCCUUAACCAGGGAGCGUCGUAUCAGUAUUACAAGAACAGAAGAUGUUGUCCAGUCCAGUCAAAUGUGAUUUGUGCCAAGUUUGUGUACGGUUACCCGCCCGGCGCGCCAAGAGUCCGGAUUCUUUUCUGCUUUCUUUUGCCAUUUUCAUCCGGUCGGACCCCGCGAGCAGAAGGAAAGAACUGAAAAUGGCCGUUUGGAAGGAGACACAAGGAUGCCGGCGCCUCUUCCUCCGUCUGGUUGUUGUCUCCCAGGCUAACCGGGGUUAUUAGAAGGAGGAGAGGCGUCUUAUUGGAAUGGCGACAGGGGAAAUUAAAAAAAGCGCUCGUUGGCUGGAGACGGGAAGGGGUCACGUCCGCCCGGUCCACACAGGCAAAACAAGAGACGAAGGCAAUACUGCUUUCAUUAUCCUCUCAAAGGCCAGAACCCAAAUACCAAACUCCACCCGAGCUCACGGAGCAGACUUUCUCUUCCGUAACGCAGUACACACACACACACACACACACACACACACACACACGAGCAGUGCCACAAACAGCCAUAACUACCUGUACGAAGAGCCGGACCGAACGCGGAGGAGGUCCCGGUCCAAUCAGUGUUAACCGAACCAGCGCGUCUCAGUUUCACACGUCGUUAAAAGUGUUUGCAUCCUACGAUUUAGCACAUUUCACACCUACUUCAGCUCACUCUCUCGCACAAACUCUUACUCGCGACGUUAUCUGUGCCGCAACACGCGGCCGUCUCCUCAAGCGUCCCGGAAGAAGAAAAAACGUAAAUGUCGUCAAAAACAAAAAAUCGCCAAAUCCCACCGACGACGUUUGCACACGGCCCUGAAGUCGCACAUCUUUGUCUUUGUUCUCAAUGUGGAAGCACAAGAAGGGUCGUAGAGCGUCGUAGGUGGUCGUAGGGGGUCGUAGGAGGUCGUAGAGCGUCGUAGGAGGUCGUAGAGGGUCUUAGAGCGUCGUAGGAGGUCGUAGAGGGUCAUAGAGGGUCAUAGGGGGUCGUAGGAGGUCGUAGAGCGUCAUAGAGGGUCGUAGAGCGUCAUAGAGGGUCAUAGGGGGUCAUAGAGGGUCAUAGGGGGUCGUAGGAGGUCGUAGAGCGUCAUAGAGGGUCGUAGAGCGUCAUAGAGGGUCAUAGGGGGUCAUAGAGGGUCAUAGGGGGUCGUAGGAGGUCGUAGAGCGUCAUAGGGGGUCGCAGGGGGUCGCAGCGUUUCUGUGGAGCGGCUCACCUCAGGGGCUGUCAUGGCCGACGCUCGUCGUGAUCUCUCUAUCUCGUCACAGUUUCACUUCUCUGUUCUCCUUCUUUCUUAAUUAUCUUAAGUGCUAUUUAUCAAACAAAUGAAAUCAGAAAGGAAAAAAACAAAAACAGUUUGAACGUGUCGUUUCUUUGCAUUAUGGCUUACGUCAGAGUUUUUUGAGGGAAAAAAAAUGUUUUGUGUGUUUCUCUCUUUAUCCGUGCCGUAAAAAAAAAAAAAGCUUGUUGUCUCUGGAGAUUAUCCGAUUGUUUUUUUAAUUUUUGUUGUUUCUUUGGUUUCUUUUGAUUCUCAAAAAAUGGUCUUUCAGUAAAAGUUAUUGUCUUGAGAGAAGCCAAAGUUAAUGCAUUUCAGUGGAUCCUGUGGGCGUAUACGAUGUAUGUUUGUUUGACAACACAUGGGAAAAUCUGUCCCUGGAUGGGAUUUAAAGAGUACAACAAAUGCAGGCUUUCCUAUUUCUACAACUGAUUGUACUUAUGCAUUUUGUACCAGUGGAAUUUUUUAUACUGGAGAUUAAAGGAUACAACGAAAAAAAAAAAAAAAAAAAAGCCUAGAAAACAAAGCUGUGUGGCCUGGUGGUGUGGCCCGACCCCGACCGCUCCCCGAGGAUGAAUUCUAGCUGGCAUCAAGAAAGUUGGCUUUUGAUAUAUGAGAUUUUCUAGAAGAUCUUUGGCUUCAUUUCUUUCACUUCUUUUUCCUCACUUGAGUGUUGUUCUUUCUUUCUUUCUUUCUUUCUUCCGUUCUGCCUUUGUUCCGUUCUUUCUUUUUCCAAAACAGAGGGUAGGUGAGUGUCAGAUCGUUCUUCUUUUCUUUUGCUUUUUGCUUUUUUAUAAAUAGUUCUAGCAAGUUUGUCUAUACAACAGCGGUAAGUUUCAUUUGACUUCUUUGUAUUGUGCCGUCUACACGAUAAAGACAAUUAUAGAAAAAGAAGGAAUAGAAAUAUUUAGUCACCUUCAGUGGAUUAAUGUAUUAGUUUUUAAUAAAGAGAUCAACUAAUUAGAAAAACUUUUUUGCUUUUAGCUGUUUAGAUUUUUCCGGUUUCUCUGUCCUUCUCUGUGAACUAACUGUGUAGCUGAAGCAGUCAGAAUUAUUUUUGUAAACGUAUGUUCUUGUGUGAUGCAGUUUUUUGCUUCUGUCUCCUAUAUUAAACCAUUUUUCCUAAUA